AUGGAAAGCUUCAACGCCAUUCGCGUCUCCAACUGUGACAGCAUUUCUCCAGUGCCUGGGGUAUCCGCUCUCUGGAAGGCAAGGAGCCAAGGCUACAACAAAGUGAUUUUCACAGCCCAGUUUUCCACUGGCACCUUGCGUGCCAACACUGACUGCGGCCUAGUUUUAAAUUCGAGUGUUGAACUGUGCCAGUACCUGGAUCCUCAAGACCAAGAAGCCUUCUACUGCGUGAAACCUCAGCACAUACCCUGUGCUGCAAUCUCCUACAUGCACUCCAAGAACAUGGAAGUUUCUUAUCUUAGUAAGCAAGAAAGUGGCCUUUUUGAAAGGUCAAAUGUGGGGGUAGAGAUUAUGGAAAGCUUCAACCCCAUUCGAGUCUCCAAUUGUUACAAGAAAGCAGCCCCAAGGAGAGAGAAAUGCAAGCUUGGCAUGACACCCUCAGUCCCCAGUGGGUAUGUCUGGGAAGACACAUGGAAUCCUGCCUCCUGUAGCUUGACUCCAAUCAACAUGAAAGAAUGCCUGAAAGGAAAAUUCAUCUAUCUCUUGGGAGACUCCACAAUUCGCCAGUGGAUGGAAUACUUCAAAGAGAAUAUCAAUACACUGAAGUCAGUGGAUCUGCACGUAUCUGGAAAAUUUCAACAUCAACUUGCUGUGGACUUGGAUAGGAAUAUCAACAUCCAGUGGCAAAAGCACAGCUACCCUUUGAUUGGAUCAUUAACGUAUUCAGUCAAAGAGAUGGAGUACAUGGCACGGGUCAUUGAUAGAAUUGGAGGAGGAAAAAAUACUAUCAUUGUAAUUUCUCUGGGUCAGCAUUUCAGACCCUUUCCCGUUGACAUUUUUAUUCGAAGAGUCCUCAACAUCCGCAAAGCUGUUCAGCGUCUUCUUUGGAGAAGCCCAGACACAAUAGUGAUCAUCAAGACAGAAAACAUCAGGGAAAUGUACAGUGAUACAGAGAGAUUCGGUGACUUUCAUGGCUACAUUCAGUAUCUUGUUCUAAAGGACAUUUUCCAGGAUCUUCAGAUAGGCAUCAUUGAUGCCUGGGAUAUAAGCAUUGCAUAUGGCAUAAAUAAUGUCCACCCACCUCCAUCUGUGGUCAGAAAUCAGAUUAAUCUCUUCUUAAACUGUAUUUGCUAG